GGGUGGGAAGAUGGCAGAGCCGGAGCCGCAGCUGCUGCUGGCCGUGGGGCUGAUCGAAAAAGACACCAACGGAGAUGCUUUGUGGGUUUGGUGUUAUCCGUCCGUAACAGCUGAACUGAGGAGUCUGUUGCUGCGCAAGUGCUGCCUUACAGAUGAAAACAAAUUGCUUCAUACCUUUGUAUUUGGCCAGUAUAAAAGGUCGUGGUUCUACAUCACAACUGUGGAAGUUCAAGAUUCUCCAGCCUUGAAAAAGGUGACCCACUUCUCCAUUGUUCUGAUGGCCAAAGACUUCAAUCCAGAGAAAUAUGCAGCCUUCACUAGGAUACUUUGUAGAAUCUACCUGAAGCACGGAAGUCCAGUUAAGAUGAUGGAGAGUUAUAUUGCAGUCCUUACAAAGGGCAUCUGCCAAAGUGAAGAAAAUGGAUCUUUCCUCAGCAAGGAUUUUGAUGCUCGGAAGGCUUAUCUUGCUGGUUCCAUCAAAGAUAUAGUAUCUCAGUUUGGAAUGGAAACAGUUAUCUUGUAUACAGCACUGAUGUUAAAGAAGAGAAUUGUAGUGUACCAUCCUAGAAUAGAAGCUAUUCAGGAGUUUACCAGGACUUUGCCCGCUUUAGUGUGGCAUCGGCAAGACUGGUCAAUUCUUCAUUCAUAUGUACAUCUAAAUGAGGAGGAAGUGGAAGCCUUAAAAGCCUGCACAGGUUACAUUGCUGGAUUCACAGAUUCUGAAGUGAACAGCAGACCAGACCUCUACGAUGUGUAUGUGAAUUUGGCAGAUAGUGAGAUCACCAUUUCCCCCCUAGUCAAAGAGGCAAUGACAAUGGGAAAACUUCACAAAGAAAUCGGACAACUAAUUGUUCAGUCUGCAGAAGACCCAGAGAAGUCAGACAGCCAAGUCAUUAAGGAGAUUUCUCUGAAGACAAAAGAAAUCCUGGCUACUUUAGCCUCGCUUACUGAAGCUUCUGAUGGCAAUGAAAAACCAACCCUGAACUCUGAGGCUCUGAAACAAAAGCGAUUUCCACCAGCUACAGAAAACUUCCUAUUUCAUUUAGCAGCUGCUGAACAAAUGCUCAAAAUCUGAUUUUUUGAUGCACUUCAGUCUUAUGGACCAAUUCCAAAAUACCGUCUUUGCCAUACAGCUAGGUAUCCCUGAUAUUUUAUGUGGAAAAAUUAAAGGUGUAAGAGUGAAGUCAUAUUUACCAUGAUAAUGCAGAAAAUUGGAGCUUGACUGGGAACAUGCGGAGGCAUAUUUGGGAACAUUCCUGAUGUCAUUAUCUUUCCCAAGUAUAAUUUUGUAUAUAUGGCUCCUGUAUUUCAUAUCAGAACAUGAGUGUAUAUACAAGUGACACGGGCCUGUGUGUCCAGGCUGUGCCAGACAUGAUUAUAGUGGCUGUUUGUCCUGCAGGUUUCAGAUGUCAGACAGCUCUGACUCGUCUUCCUGGGGUCUGGAACACAGGCUGUGGGUGUAAAUCUAGUGCAGUUUGGAUGUGCUGGUCUCUGCACAGGGGUACACUGAAUGUGCAGUUGGGCUGAGUGUUCAUUCUGGGCUUCCAGGUAUGUGAGCCUGUCAGAUUCUGCUCUUGCUCUGGACUGCCCCAUACCUGGAAAUCCCAAAUAAAUGGAUGAGUUCUCUUCUUUCUACUUGAAAGUGUCUAGAUGUAAAAAAGGAUGCCUGAGAAAAUCUGACCUGGUCGCCUUAGUAUAUAAAGGAAGAGGUAUUUUAAAGCUCAGGUGGGAGUUAAGCACCUCUUUUGAACUCUUGCCUUAGAGUUUUUCCCCCCCUUUUACUCCCUCCCAUGCCUCUAAUGGAGGGAGAAGAGGACAGGAUGACUGUAUGUAACAUGGGGCUUCUUUGGGGAGGGGGUCACAGACAAGCACAGCUUUACAGCUGAAGUCAUGUAAGAAAUUGGUGUUCUCAGCUGAGAAGAUACCUGGCCACUCAUCUCUGGUGCUUUUGACAGCAAACCAGAUGAGUUAAAGCCUAAUGGACUAGUGAUGUUCAAAUGGUUGGGUACCACAAGUAGAACAUGAGCCUCUUAAACUGCUUGAGCUGUAACACAGGUACUGUCUGAUGGUGCUCUGUGUAGACUAAAUCUAGAUGGAAACUUUUGAAGUGAUAGUGAAAACUGGAAGAUAGUUUAGAAAGAAUUAAAAUUUGCCUACUUGUUUGGUUGCAUAGCCAUAACUCAAGAGGUUUUUAUUGUUCUUUCAUUGAGCAGCCUGAAACUAACUGUUUUGUAAUCUUCUGAGAAGAACUUAGAGCCUUUGUAGGGAAAUACUGAGCCAAUCCGUAUUCCUUCAGAAAUGGCCACAACAAAUGAGUCAAUUCUGCAGUAGCACUUUGGUUUAAGAACCCUUUUCCUGGCCUUUGUACAGCUAGCAUGUGGUUUUACAUAGAGAUUUUUAUACUUAGGAUUAAAACUUUAGUAAUCAAUAUUUAUAUUGAUAAAUAGCUGGAUGUUUGCUAUUCUGAAACUGGUAGAACUCCUCACUAACCAUGUGCAAUUGGUUUGAAAACAGGGGUGUCUUUUGCUAUGUGUGAUGCGUGAAGAAAAUCUGUUUUGGAAUGUGAUUAAGGAACGUGGCAUCUAUAUAGAAAAUGGUGUUAUUGCGGUCAGUAAAUGAAGUGCUUCAGAAUAACCCCCUAUUUUCAGGGGUCUAAAAUCCUACGUUAAACACUCCCUCUGCAGUUUAAAUCCUGAACACAGAAGCACGUGCCUUUUUCCUUCUGAGAAGAAUUCUGUAGUCACCUUUGGUUACCUGUAUGUGCUCUGCAGCUUUUCUUUCUCCAUUUGCUCAUUAAUGCUUUUUCUUACUGGUUUUUCUAAUAUUGCUGCUUCUGGUUUGAGACUUUUACAAGAGUUGGAAGAGCAGAACUGCAAAAUGAUGCUGAAAAUUCCAUUCAGGGCCUAUUUGGAAGUUUUUCGCCAAGAAAAAGCGGAGUGCGCUUUCAGUCUUACCACCACCUUGUAACUGUGGAGAAAUUCAAUUUCUUCUUCACAGGAAGCUCCAGGUGUGUCGUUAAGGUAGUUUGGCUGUUAAGAGACAACCACAAAAAGCAGAGAAGCUCAGUUACAGAUUAAAUGUUGAAUGCCUGGUUUGCUUUCUGGUUUGGAAACGUUCCAGUUGAAAACCUCUGUUUUAUGGUAGAUCUGUUGUGUGUGAAACCAAUGAAAUAUGAUUUUGCACUUAAGAAACUGGACUCGGAGCAUGCUCAUGCCUAUUAAAAGAACCCUGAAUAACCU